UGUCAAACAAGAGCUUCCAUUCGCCUGGGCAGUCUUGAAAUGUUCAAAGAAAGUCUGUUGUGUGUGCUUGUGUGUGCAUACCCCCAGCACGGAUUGCUAUAGGUCACUGGCUAAAGCGAGGGAUUCUAGCUGGGUUCGGGGCUGGGUGGGCGCGAUCCACCCAUCCCCACCCCAGCCCGCAGCCCCUGGCCAACGCAGUCGGUCGGAUUUUCCUCCGGCAGGCGGCGGGCUGGUGGCUGUGUGCAAGGCGUACUCUGCACGAGAGGCGGCAGCACGGACUGGACCGGGUCGCGGGGAUCGCCCUACGCAGGAGCUGCCGUGUCACUGCGCGGAGGAUCGAGUGGGUCCUCGGGGUCUCGGAGCUCGCGGCCCUGCAGGGCUGCAGUUCUAGCCCAUUUACCCCGAACCAACGCUGCCAGAACCGAGGAUCCGCGGCUGUGGAUCCUGACUGAAGCGGGCGCAGGGGUUGGGGAGCUACUGCAGCUCCGCAGGCGGCCACUGGGGGUUGCAGUGCCCGAGAGCCUGGCGGGGACAGUGCGCUUCUCUCUGCCUCCGAGUCCUGGGGCGCCUUGGGUCUCUAAGGCUGUCUGCACCGCUGGCCGCAGCUGCCUGCACAACCAACCUGCACAGCAUCCUCCCAGAUCCGUGCCGUGCGAUCGCUGAGUGUGUGUGUGUGUGCGCGCGCGCGCGCGCGCGUGUGUGUGUGAGAGAGAGAGAGAGAGAGAGAGAGAGAGAGAGAGAGAGAGAGAACGAGCUUGUGCGCGCACGCGUGGGGGGGCAGUGGUGUGCAUGCGGGGAGUGCGGGGGAGUGUAUUUGUGUGUGUGCCUGUGGAUGUGAGUGCCUUGCUCCCCUCUGAUACACACACACACACACACACACACACACACACACACACACACACACAGGACAGGCUGGUCUGCACUUGAAGACAUCCCACAUUCCAAGAGGCCGCAGGUUCCUGGGGAUGCCGGGGUUUCUUCAAUCAGGAAAAUCCUACCCUCAUCUUCCUAGAAGGGAUUAUCUUUUCUAUCCUUUUUUUCCUCCUUUUUUUUUUUUUAAUCUGGAAGAGAAGAGCACAAGUUGUACUCCCCCUCCCGCCCCUUCUUCUUGCUAAAUGCCAUGGAUAUAACUGAAUAAGCUGCUCAGGGUUCUCCCCGCGUGGAUGGUCCGGGGCCACCAUCUGCCUGCCUUCGCUGGAUCGCUGCAGCUGGAGCGCUUAGCGUGAGCCUGUCUCGGGCCAGGAACGAUGCGUGGCGGUGGCCGAGCCAAGGAGCCCGGGCGCCCUGCGGAGCCGGCCUUGGAGCCUCCCCGCCGCGGGUAGGUGCCGCCUUGCCCAGGCCAAUGGAGGGCUGCAACUAAAGUUACAGCCAGUUGUGAGUAGCCAUGAAGAUGCUGGCGAUUGAACCUUGUUCUCUAGGAAAGAGACAGGUACUCUUCACUGCUAAGCCAUCUCUUCGUUCCAUCUACAUUGUUGCUGCUGUUGUUGCUGCUGCUGCUGUUGUUGUUGUGGGGGCAGUGUCACUCACAGAACCUAAAAGCUCAUUGGUUAGGUGCAGAGGCCGAGUGACCAGACCAUGGAGACUCUGCUUGGCGGGCUGCUGGCUUUUGGCAUGGCGUUUGCUGUGGUCGAUGCCUGCCCCAAGUACUGCGUCUGCCAGAAUCUGUCUGAGUCACUGGGGACCCUGUGUCCUUCCAAGGGGCUCCUCUUCGUGCCCCCUGACAUUGACCGGAGGACAGUGGAGCUGCGUCUGGGUGGCAACUUCAUCAUCCACAUUGGCCGCCAAGACUUUGCCAACAUGACAGGGCUAGUGGAUCUGACCUUGUCUAGGAACACCAUCAGCCACAUCCAGCCCUUCUCCUUCCUGGACCUUGAGAGCCUCCGUUCCCUGCACCUUGACAGCAACCGGCUACCUAGCCUUGGGGAGGACACACUCCGGGGCCUAGUCAACCUGCAGCACCUUAUUGUGAACAAUAAUCAGCUGGGUGGCAUUGCUGAUGAUGCCUUUGAAGACUUCCUGUUGACUUUAGAAGAUUUGGACCUAUCUUACAACAACCUCCACGGUCUUCCCUGGGAUUCUGUAAGGCGCAUGGUCAACCUCCAUCAGCUGAGUCUCGACCACAACUUGCUGGACCACAUCGCUGAGGGUACCUUCGCAGACCUGCAGAAACUGGCCCGCCUGGACCUCACGUCCAAUCGGCUGCAGAAGCUUCCCCCAGACCCCAUCUUUGCCCGCUCCCAGGCCUCCUUGCUCACUGCCACACCCUUUGCCCCACCCCUGUCCUUUAGUUUUGGAGGGAACCCACUGCACUGCAAUUGUGAGCUUCUCUGGCUGCGAAGGCUGGAGAGGGAUGACGACCUGGAGACCUGUGGAUCCCCUGGAGGUCUCAAGGGUCGCUAUUUUUGGCAUAUUCGCGAGGAGGAGUUUGUGUGUGAGCCGCCCCUCAUCACCCAGCACACACACAAGCUGCUGGUUCUGGAGGGCCAGGCAGCCACUCUUAAGUGCAAGGCCAUUGGGGACCCCAGCCCUUUGAUCCACUGGGUUGCCCCCGAUGACCGCUUGGUAGGAAACUCUUCCAGGACUGCCGUAUAUGACAACGGCACUCUGGACAUUCUAAUUACCACCUCUCAGGACAGCGGCCCCUUCACCUGCAUUGCAGCCAACGCGGCAGGAGAGGCUACCGCCACCGUAGAGGUCUCUAUCGUGCAGCUCCCACACCUCAGUAACAGCACUAGCCGGAUGGCGCCGCCCAAGUCUCGCCUCUCAGACAUCACGGGUUCCAGCAAGACCAGUCGGGGAGGGGGAGGUAGCGGGGCUGGGGAGCCUCCCAAAAGCACCCCAGAGAGGGCUGUGCUUGUGUCUGAUGUGACCACCACAUCUGCCCUGGUCAAGUGGUCUGUCAGCAAGUCGGCACCCAGGGUGAAGAUGUAUCAGCUGCAGUACAACUGCUCCGACGACGAGGUACUGAUUUACAGGAUGAUCCCAGCCUCCAACAAGGCCUUCGUGGUCAACAACCUGGUGUCCGGAACGGGCUACGACUUGUGCGUACUGGCUAUGUGGGACGACACAGCCACAACGCUCACGGCCACCAACAUUGUGGGCUGCGCCCAGUUCUUCACCAAGGCUGACUACCCACAAUGCCAGUCUAUGCACAGCCAGAUCCUGGGGGGCACUAUGAUUCUGGUCAUCGGAGGUAUCAUUGUGGCCACACUGCUGGUCUUCAUCGUAAUCCUCAUGGUGCGGUACAAGGUCUGCAACCACGACGCCCCAGGCAAAAUGGCAGCCGCCACUGUCAGCAAUGUAUACUCGCAGACCAAUGGAGCUCAGCCUCCACCUCUGGGUGGGAUGCCUGUUGGCCAGCUUCCUCAGGCACCACCCAAGGUCGUGGUGCGGAAUGAGUUGAUGGACUUCAGUACCAGCCUGGCAAGAGCCUGUGACUCUUCUUCCUCCAGUUCCCUGGGCAGUGGGGAAGCUGCAGGGCUGAGCCGGGGUCCCUGGAGGCUCCCACCCCCAGCUCCUCGUCCCAAGCCCAGCCUUGACCGCUUGAUGGGAGCUUUUGCCUCCCUGGACCUCAAGAGUCAAAGGAAAGAAGAACUUUUAGACUCUAGGACUCCAGCAGGCAGAGGGGCAGGGACAUCAGCCAGGGGCCACCACUCAGACCGAGAGCCACUGCUGGGGCCCCCAGCCACCCGUGCCAGGAGCCUUCUCCCUUUGCCCCUGGAGGGCAAGGCCAAACGAAGCCACUCUUUUGACAUGGGGGACUUUGCAGCUGCAGCUGCAGCUGCUCCUGGUGGCUACAGUCCCCCUAGGCGGGUCUCAAACAUCUGGACGAAGCGCAGCCUGUCUGUCAAUGGCAUGCUCUUGCCCUUUGAGGAGAAUGACCUGGUGGGAGCUCGGGGGACAUUUGGCAGCUCAGAGUGGGUAAUGGAGAGUACUGUGUAGCCAGGGAAGGAGUACCGUCCCUCCCGCCCUUCCUCAAAGUGGGAGAGGAAGGAGUCAGAGUCAGCACUGGCAAGUAUUUGUGGAGUUUCCAUGGUGAUGUUUACAUCCAGGGACAGUCUUGUCUCCCUGUCAACAGCCUCAUGUCCUUCUGCCCAGCUACACCCCCUUCCCUAUGUCACCUUCCCAGGCCUGUCCCCACCACCCAGCGGGGUGUGCUCAGGGAAUGGGACUCGCUCAUGUGUCAGACUGAGCCCUGAGUGUUUGGAAAGGCUAACAACUGCCUUUCUAUUCACAAAUGUAGCGACAAGCAAGCGGCUUCGGAUUGCUUGUGGAUCCAGUGUUGUUUUGAUUUCUUAAUUUAUUUUUCCAUUUCCCAGA